UACGCGGGGCCCCGGACUUGGCCUCCUCGUGACGUAGGCGGGAUCAGGCCGGCGCGUGUCUGCUAAUUGGAGCACAAUGAGACCGUCCGAGCCUCGUCCUUAGCUUUGAUGUCGAUCACCGGUGACCGGUUGGCUGGCAAUAAAGGCGUCGCAUCAGCCUGUGCGCGCUUCUCUUCUCACCUUGAACACCUUCGCUCACACCAUGUUCCGCGUCGAGGACAAGCGUCUCGCGCUCCCAGACGGCAGGACGCUCGCGUACGCCGACGCCGGUAACACAUCCUCCUCCACCGUCGUCCUCUUCCUCCACGACGCCUUUGCAGUCGGAGAUGCCUCAAAGGCGCCCGCAGCACUCAUUGAACACCAUACCCACUUCGUCGCGCCCUCCCUUCCCGGUUGGGGCCAUACCUCACCAGUCCCGCGCGCCACCGACUAUGCCGCCACCCUCGCGCGCGACAUGCACGCGCUCAUCACCCACCUGCACCCAGACACCCCCAAUCUGCGCAUCAUCAUCUGCGGCCAUGGCCACGGCAGCAUCCCCGCGCAGAUCCUGUACGGCGCGCCCGAGGCAGAGUUCCCCCUCUGCGCCGCCAUCGCGCGCCUCGUCCUCGUGUCGCCUCUCGCGCCCCCGCACGGCUACCGUGAGUACGCACAGCACCUUUCGCGUGGGCAGUACCUCCUCUUCGGGCCACCCUCCAGGCUGCUGCCCUGGAUACCCGCGCGCAUCGCGCAGCUCACAUACGCCCCGCGCCUGCGCGACCCUCCCCGUUGCGAGGCGCUCGUGCGCAGCUACCUCGUCGAUGCCGCGCUCGCGAGCGACGAGCACAGCGUGUUCGAGCGCUGGUGCGAGAAACAGGAGGUGCGCGACGGGCAGCUCGAGCGCGAUCUCGCCGCGAACGCCGCGCGCAGCGUCGCCCGCACCUGGCGCGGCUUCCGGGACAUGUCCGCGAUAUACCACAGCGGGUGGGGCGGGUAUGCUCCGGACGGCGGCACCCAAGCCAAGUGCGGCGUCAUCAUCGUCGCCGCAGCCACGGACGAGUGGGUGCCAUGCCAGCACGCUGAAUGGCUGGCGAAGAAGAUCGAGGCCGCGUCGCUCAUCACGCUGAAUGGCAGUCACCUGUCGGUGCUGUUCCACAUGAACGAUGUCUGGAACGAGAUCUUGCGCGACGAGCUCAUGCUAUCAGAAACUACGCACGAGUAAGUCCUCGAUUCGGGCACUGGUUGUUCGGUCGAUACCCUUGGGACUUGAGGAUAUCUAUACGGUGCACGGAUACUAAUUCAAAGCUACUAUCAGCCAAUGCUGGCAUAACACACAUGUAUUUGUAGAUAUACAAAACGAGAAUGGUUAAUGACAAGUCGAGGUUAAGGAGAAA